AUGGCCAGUGAUGCUAGUUUUGCUGAUAAUCAAGAUCGAGCUAGCUUAAUGGGGUAUAUAGAGUGGCUAACAGCCAGCCCUAUUGAUUGGCUAAGUAAGAAACAGCGUCAUGUGACUCUUUUAACUACUGAAGCUGAAUUAUUAGUCCUAACUGCUGUAGCCAAGCAACUUCUUUAA